AUGAGUGAAGAAGAAAAGACCGCAACUCCUGCUCCUGCCGAUGCUGAAGAGGCACCUGCCAAGGAAGAACCCAAGAAGGAAGAACCCAAGGAGGAAGAAUCUACUGCCCAAUUUGAACCUGUGGUCAAAUUGGAAGAAGUAGAGGUAAAAUCCGGAGAAGAAGACGAAGAAACCGUCUACGGAGUCCGAUCCAAGCUGUUUUUGUUUGGUGAAACCUUGUUGGACGUUGGGUCUGGCAACAAGACAUGGAAGGAACGUGGAAUUGGUGAAGCCCGUAUUCUGAGACACAAAGAACACCAACGCCUCCGAUUGCUAAUGCGUCAAGAAAAGACCAUGAAGGUCAUUGCCAACCACGCAUUGGAUCCACGCAUCAAAUUGGAACCCAAUGUUGGAUCGGACCGAUCGUGGGUCUGGUCGGCCUUUGAUUUUGCCGAAGGAGAGUUGAAAGAAACUGUCUUUGCUUUGAGAUUUGCCGACUCUGAUAUUGCUCAAGAAUUCAAAAAGAAUUUUGAAGAAUGUCAAGCAGAGAUGGAAAAGCUACUGGCUGGUGAAGACAAGCCAGGUGCCGACGGUGGCGCUGGUGCGGAUGAAGCAGCAGAAGCCCUCAAGGAACUUUCCACCAAGGAAGAGUAA